CACCCCCUUCUCUCUCUCCUCCUCUGUGAUGCUGCGGCUCCCUCUCUCUCUCUCUCUCUCUGUCUCUCUCUCUCUCCCUCUCCCUCUCCCUCUCUCUCUCUCUUCAGUCUCCUGCAAACAGCAGUCAUGGCGACAGUGGUCCAACCGCUCACUCUGGAUCGAGAUGUUGCCAGGGCGAUUGAGCUGCUGGAGAAGCUGCAGGAAUCGGGUGACGUUCCCGGUCACAAGCUCCAAUCCCUGAAGAAAGUCCUUCAAAGUGAGUUCUGCACGGCCAUCAGAGAGGUCUACCAGUACAUGCAUGAAACGAUUACAGUGAACGGCUGCCCAGAGUACCAGGCGCGAGCCACGGCCAAGGCCACAGUUGCUGCCUUUGCAGCCAGCGAGGGUCACUCCCACCCGCGGGUGGUGGAACUCCCCAAAACAGACGAAGGGCUGGGCUUUAAUGUGAUGGGCGGCAAGGAGCAGAACUCACCGAUCUACAUCUCUCGGAUUAUCCCUGGGGGCGUGGCUGAGAGGCACGGUGGCCUGAAGCGAGGCGACCAGCUCCUGUCUGUCAACGGCAUGAGCGUGGAGGGCGAACACCACGAGAAAGCGGUGGAGCUUCUGAAGGCAGCCAAGGACAGUGUGAAGCUGGUGGUUCGCUAUACCCCCAAAGUGCUGGAGGAGAUGGAGGCCCGCUUCGAGAAGCUUCGUAUGGCCCGGCGGCGCCAGCAGCAACAGCUCCUCAUGCAGCAGCAACAACAGCAGAACCUGUCGUCCCAGCAGAACCACAUGUCGUUCUUCCAAAAGAAGAAGAAGUGAAGAAGAGUGAACGCUGCAACUCAAAGACCAUCUGUUUGUGUUGAGGAUCCCAAAGUACUCUGUCGUGCAGGACGCUGCAUCAAGGACGCCGUCCUCUGCAGCGCACCGACUGCUGAGCAAAAA